AUGUGGAAGGAAUGGCUGCGGCGAGGCUUGCUGGCCUGGCAGUCUGCCAUGCGCUUGGCGCUGGCCCUAGGGCACCUGGCUGCGCCGGAGUGGAGGUUCGAGGCACUGCGAGGAGAUGUUCUUGCUGCGGGCUGCCACCUUCUUGGUCAAGGAGUGCCCAAAGUAGAAGAGGCCCUGCAGCAGGGUUCUUUGCCUCCUCAGUGGGGCCAAUUGCUGGGCACGGCUGGUGUGAUUGUGCCGGCAGGGCCCAGGAGCGGCAGCUCUGAUGUGGCCUCAGCGACGGAAGCAAACGAGGAGCAGCUUGCAGCAGCCGCAGAGGAGGCCUACUCGAAGGCGGUACACCUCGGCGGCGGAAGUGGUCCGCUGCUGCAGCUGGGCGAACUGCACCUGGAGCGCGCGCGCCGUGGUAGGCCAAUGGCUUUGGCCGCGGCCCACGCCUUCCAGGCAGCUGCUCGGGCGGGUGAAGGGGAGGAUCGUGCCACUGCCUGGUACAACUUGGCCUGUGUUGCGGGUCUAGCUGGGCAGCCUAUAGCAGCAGCCAAAGCCCUGAGGACGUGCCUGGGAAUUCUGAAGCCAGCGUGCCAUCAGAGUUGGAUCAAGGAAGCCCUUUCAGACACGGAGAUUUGCAGCAAGUAA